AUGGGGCGGCGGUUCCACGCGCUGCGGCCGCUGCUGGCGCCGCUGUUGCUGCCGCUGCUGCUGCCGCCGCGGGCGCUUCCCCGGGCGCACUGCCCCGAGCCCUGCAGCUGCCCGCCCGACGGCGCCCUGCGCUGCCCCGGCCCACGGGCCGGCCUCACCCUACUAUCACUCACCUAUCUCCCUAUCAAACUAAUCCCAUCUCAAGCUUUCAGAGGACUUAAUGAGGUGGUAAAAAUUGAAAUCUCUCAGAGUGAUUCUCUGGAAAAGAUAGAAGCUAAUGCCUUUGACAACCUCCUCAAUUUGUCUGAAAUACUGAUCCAGAACACCAAAAACCUGGUGUACAUCGAGCCUGGAGCAUUUAGAAAUCUGCCCCGGUUAAAAUACCUGAGCAUCUGUAACACAGGCAUCCAAGAGCUUCCAGAUGUUACGAAGAUCUUCUCCUCCGAAUUUAAUUUCAUUCUGGAAAUUUGUGAUAACUUACACAUAACCACCAUACCAGGAAAUGCUUUUCAAGGGAUGAAUAACGAAUCCAUAACACUCAAACUAUAUGGAAAUGGGUUUGAAGAAAUACAAAGUCAUGCCUUCAACGGGACGACGCUGAUUUCCCUGGAGCUCAAGGAAAACACACACCUGGAGAAGAUGCACAAUGGAGCCUUCUGGGGGGCCACGGGGCCUAGCAUCUUGGAUAUUUCAUCCACCAAAUUGCAAGCCCUGCCUAGCUAUGGGCUGGAGUCCAUCCAUACACUCAUUGCCACAUCAUCCUAUUCUCUAAAAAAACUGCCAUCAAGGGAAAAAUUCACCAACCUCCUGGAUGCCACACUGACUUACCCCAGCCACUGCUGUGCUUUUAGAAACUUGCCAACAAAAGAGCAGAAUUUUUCAUUUUCCAUUUUUGAAAACUUUUCCAAACAAUGUGAAAGCACAGCAAGGAGACCAAAUAAUGAAACACUUUAUUCUGCCAUCUUUGCUGAGAGUGAACUGAGUGCCUGGGAUUAUGACUAUGGUUUCUGCUCACCCAAGACACUCCGAUGUGCUCCUGAACCAGAUGCUUUUAAUCCCUGUGAAGAUAUUAUGGGCUAUGACUUCCUUAGGGUCCUGAUUUGGCUUAUUAAUAUCCUAGCCAUCAUGGGAAAUGUGACUGUCCUCUUUGUUCUCCUGACUAGUCGUUAUAAACUGACAGUGCCCCGUUUUCUCAUGUGCAAUCUCUCCUUUGCAGACUUUUGCAUGGGGCUCUAUCUGCUGCUCAUUGCCUCAGUUGAUUCCCAAACCAAAGGACAAUAUUAUAACCAUGCCAUAGAUUGGCAGACAGGGAAUGGGUGUAGUGCAGCUGGCUUUUUCACUGUAUUUUCAAGUGAGCUUUCUGUCUACACACUCACAGUUAUCACACUAGAAAGAUGGCACACUAUAACGUAUGCUAUUCAGCUGGACCAAAAGCUGCGUUUAAGACAUGCCAUUCCAAUUAUGCUUGCAGGAUGGCUCUUUUCUACUCUAGUUGCCAUGUUGCCCCUUGUGGGUGUCAGCAAUUAUAUGAAGGUCAGCAUUUGCCUCCCCAUGGAUGUGGAAACCACUCUCUCACAAGUCUACAUAUUAACCAUCCUGAUACUCAAUGUGGUGGCCUUCAUCAUCAUUUGUGCUUGCUACAUUAAAAUUUAUUUUGCAGUUCAAAAUCCAGAGCUGAUGGCUACCAACAAAGAUAAAAAAAUUGCUAAGAAAAUGGCGGUCCUCAUCUUCACUGAUUUCACCUGCAUGGCACCUAUCUCUUUUUUUGCCAUCUCAGCUGCCUUCAAAGUGCCCCUUAUCACAGUAACCAAUUCUAAAGUUUUACUGGUUCUUUUUUAUCCUGUCAAUUCUUGUGCCAAUCCAUUUCUGUAUGCGAUUUUCACAAAGGCAUUCCAAAGGGAUUUCUUUCUGUUGCUGAGCAAAUUUGGCUGCUGUAAACAUCGGGCUGAACUUUAUAGAAGGAAGGAUUUUUUGGCUUAUACCUCUAACUGCAAAAAUGGCUUCACUGGAUCAAAUAAGCCUUCUCAGUCCACCCUGAAGUUGUCUACAUUGCACUGUCAAUAUACAGCUAUCCCAGACAAAACUUGCUAUAAAGAAUGUUAACUGUUUUAUCAGUAACCACAUUAUUGAGUAGUGCUUAAACAUGUAAAAAAUAAUCUGUACCAGUAAUUUUAACAUAAAGAGUUGGUGUUAGGAAACUAUUUAUUCUCAAGCACAUUGAGCAAAAACAAGAUAUCUACCUAGCUCAAAGUGUUGUCCAUGACCAUUGCCAAUCUAAAAACUACUUGUCAUUGGUACAUGAUGACACAAAAUACAAAAACUGAAAGUGUGUAGAAACAUUUCUAGCAAUUUUGACAGAGUAAUUUAAUGUCUGUUGAAUCUAGUGCUUUUGAAUGAGGUGGUAUUUUACAUCUCUUUGCUUCUUUCUCAUUUCACCUUUGUAGUAAUUUUUACUGCAAUUUAUUAGUCCAUUACAGAUUUGAAAUUUAAAAUAACUGGUUCUUUUCCUCAGAUAGUUUGAAAAACACACUGCAGAGAUGCACUGUCCAAUCUGGUAGCCACUAGCCAUAUGCAGCUAAAUUAAAAUUAAAAUGUAAUUUCUCCCAUAGAAUUUCUAGAAGAAACUAUAGGCUGUAAUUUCUUUGACAUCGCCCUUAGCAAUACUUUUCCAGAUAGUAUCCUCAGGCAAGGAAAGCAAAAGUAAAAAUAUAUGCAAAUGAUAUAUCUGAUAAGGCAUCAAUAUCCAAAUAUAUAUAUAUAAAGAAGUCAACAUCAAAAAAAUCAAAUAAUCUGAUUUUAAAAUGGGCAGAGAACCUGAAUACACAUUUUUCCAAAGAAGAUAAAACAGAUGGCCAACAGACACAUGAAUAAAUGUUCAACAUCACGAAUCAUAAGGGAAAUGCAAAUUAAAACCACAGUGGGAUACCACCUUACACAUGUGAGAAUGACUACAUUCAAAAAGACAAGACAUAACAAGUGUUGGCGAGGAUGUGGAGAAAAGGGAAAACUUGUCCACUGUUGGUAGGAAGGUAAAUUGGUGCAACCACUGUGUAAAACGGUAUGGGGCUCCUCAAAAAAUUCAAAUAGAAAUCCCAUCCAACCCAAUAAUUCAACUUCUAGGUAUUUAUCAAAAAAAAAAAACCACACUAAUUUGAAAAGAUAUAUGACCCCUUUGUUUAUUGAAGCAUUAUUUACAAUAACCAAGCUAUAGAACCAACCCAAGCAUCCACAGACCGAUGAAUGGAUAAAAAAGAUUUGGAAAAUACACACACACAGUGAAAUACUACUCAACCAUAAAAAAGAAUGAAGUUUUGUCAUCCAUGAAUGGAUGGACCUAGACAUGGACCAAAAAGGUACUAUGCUAAGUGAAAUAAGUCAGACAGAGAAAAGAAAUACUAUAUGACUUCACUUACGUGUGGACUCUAAAAAUCAAAACAAACUGAAGAAACUUCCUCAUAAAUACAAAGAACAAAUUGGUUGUUGCCAGAGGGGAGAAGGGUGGCAAAAUAAGCAAAAUAGGUGAAGAGGAUAAAAUGGUACAUAUUUCCAGUUAUAAAAUAAAUAGGUCACAGGCAUAGAAAAGUACAGCAUAGAGGAUAGAGUCGAUAAUAUUGUAAUAACUUUGUAUGAUGAUAGAUGGUAACUACACUUACCUGGUAAGCAUUUUGUAAUUUAUAUAACUGUGAAAUCACUAUGAUUUACACCUGAAACUAAUAUAAUGUUAUAGGGUCAACUUUACUUCAAUUAAAAAUUUUUUAAAAGUGUUUAAAAACUUUGUGUGAUACUAUAAUGGUGGAUACAGGUCAUUAUACAUUUAUCCAAAUCCAUAGAAUGAAUGGCAGGAGUGAACUCUUAUGUAAAUUAUGGACUCCGAUGAGUCAAAAGAGGUUCACCAAUUGUAGGGUAUGUGCCACCCUUGUAGAGGAUAUUGGUAACGGGGGAGGCCAUGUGUUGUGUGGCAGGGGGAGUGGGUAUAUGGGAAAUCUAUGUACCUUCCACCCAAUCUUGCU